GAAGAUCCCAUUGAGAUCAUUCUCGAAACUUUCGACCUCGAUUCAAAUACGGAAUUCAAGGCGCUCUCAUAUGUCUGGGGGGAUGCAACAUCGCCAUGCGAGAUCAUAUGCAAUGGGCAUAAAAAGCCGAUUACACGCAAUCUUUGGGAUGUCUUAUCGCAACUACGAAAACAAAAGUUUGGCUGCCGAAUGUGGGUAGACGCUGUCUGCAUCAACCAGAAGGACGAAGAAGAGAAGAGCUUCCAAGUAGCUAUGAUGAGAGACAUCUACAAGCGCGCCGCAAAGGUCAUAUUCUGGCUCGGAGAACAGGAAAGCUACGAUAAAGAUGCAGUCCGUCUAAUGAGAGGCUUCUUGGAGCGGUAUCCGCCUCAGUUGGACAUGGAACCACACAGAGGGAAGACUCUGGAGGAGCUGGGCCUUUCUUCCAUUGACCGCGGCUGGACUGGAUGGGCCUCCCUAUUUUGUCGCCCAUGGUUUGGACGGGUUUGGAUUGUACAAGAGUUCUUCAACGCAAGGAAUUCCGUG